GCCGGAGCCGCGUCUAUUUAUCUUCUCCACCAUUUCUUUUUCUCUUGUUUAUACAUCUAUUGAAUCUGUACUCCGUACUGCUGCCGAAAAAGAAGAAGAAGAAGAAGAAGAAGAAGAAGAGGGUGUUGUGGUCCGGAAAUAAACAGUGCCUUGUUUUUUUUAUGUCCCUGUUUACCCUGUAACUACUAAAACUCUCCCCAUAGAUUUUGUUCUCUUUUUUGACUUGCGUCCUACCGCAAAAAGUUCGGAUGUAUAUACACCCUUCCCAUGAUACUUUGCCUGUGAUGGGUGCCUGCCGUUGACAUCGAUCGUUAUUCGACUGCGCCAGUAUGGAUUUCCUCCAACCCGCUCUGGACGCGGAGAAUGCCGCAACCAUCUUCGACAAAUUUAUCGUGCAUGUGCCGGAGGACGCGGGCAAUAUCACCUCCGUAGUCACAGAGCUCUUUACUAUCAGCGCCAACCUCCGCUCUCUGGAAACUUUACAAAAAUCCCCGCUCAAACCCAACUUCGCCUACGUCGCCAACGAUAUAGAGUUGGUUGUCAAGGCGAGCCUUUGUCACACCACCGGGGUGAUCAAUGAAGCGUUUAUUGCAAUGGACGAUGGUGGGCGGGCACAGGCUACGCAACAAAAUAUUCGCCAUACAUGGUUCCAUUUGCGCGAUUACUUCCACCGUGAAGCUGGGUACCCGCUCGUGACCCGGCUUCAAUACUAUAAGCAGAUGCUAGGAGAAAUCAUGCUAGUUGUUAAAAAUGAACGUGGAGAUCAUGCCGCCCUCGUUGAACUCCGCCAAACCAUAACCGCACUUCGUAUGGCCCAGGAUCGACAAUUCGCUGUUGAUACUCAGCAGCGGCGUCAGACGAAUUUCACACAUGGCGGUCGUACCUUUGGACCCCCUCCGUCCACUACUCCCCUUGGACCAUCCGCGACUCUUGCAUCCGCCAUGCUCGCCGCACCUAUUGCACCGCCAGUCCCUCCCGCGCCCCCUCCCCCGCCUUUCGGAUUGCGACCCCGUUCGAAUACUCCUCCAUUGAAGAGUGCACUCCGCAAGCCAACACCUGUGCCCACAACCCCAACACAGAAACGAUCAUAUGAACGACGAAGACCAGCUGGUGGCCGCACGGCGUCUCCACAUGCCCCUGGUUGGUUUGAGGUUGAAAGCCCGAUUUCUUCGUUUGCAGCCCCAGAUUCUCCAUCCACGACGGAUUCCACCAGCACCGAUUCGUUCUCGCUUCUUGACCCAUUUGAUCACUGGGCUGUGGGGUUGUUUAGCCGCCCUACAACUGCGACCCCGUUGCCUUUUUCUAACAAAGGGUCGAAAUGUCAUGGCGAUUUCGAUAUGCCAGAUGCACUGGCGCAGAUUGAGAAGGACUAUGAUGAGUUGUUUAGACUGAAUUUCAAGCCAAAUUUGACAGCCAUCUUCUACCUGCGAGAUCGUGAUCAUCGUGCACGGAUCCUAUGUCAAGUUCACCGUUCAUCAUCAAAGAUAAUUUAUGCGACACUACCAUUGAACGUACUUAUUCUCUCGCGUCAAGACUCCUAUCUCUUACUGUGUACGAAAUCAUCCGACGGGCAAGGUUUGCGGGCCUGGUUGAGUCUUGAAUUUGAAACCAUCGAGAAAAUGGUGUUGUUUCAUUGUGCAUUUAUUGCACUCCGAGGGCAAGACUCCGGUUGCCCAAUAAGCAGGAUUCCAGACCCCUUUUCUCUCGAGGAAAGGGAAAUCUACGGCGGCCGGAUUCUCGACGAUAGUUACCUCCACGCACUUCGUAUUUUCCAGGAUCACCCUUCCGGUGCCAUCCGUUUACAGGCAUCGAUCCACUCUGGUGAAAUGGCGGACGUUCCCGUAUGGACGGCUUUUAUACACCAUUAUGUACGGUCAAAGUCGUGGAUGCGACGUGUGGACCGUAAAACAAUCAUCCUCCCCAAUCUCGACCGUGCAAUUUUCAUCCAGCGGGAUAAAUAUAGGCCUCGUAUGACGCGGCAUCAGGAGCAUGUGCUUACGUUUGCGCAUGAAAUUGAUGCGGAAGCCUUUGAGUCUGAGAUUACUAUCCUUCGGCACCAGUCUCGGUAUCAAUGAGGCGCUAUUAUUGACAUGAUUCGGCCUGCUCACGCCAAAUGCGUGCUUACAUACAGCCAACGUACCCUUUCAACUAUUAAUUUCUACGCAUACUCCGCACCGUAAGCGAGCGGCACAAAAUAUACAGAUAACUUCUGACGGCCGGUUUUUCUCAUUCCCCACGCUACGAUUAUUUUAAGUGGUCGUUAGUUGCACACUAAUUACUGCUUCUCUACUCCAACAACUUACUCCAAAACUUUCCACGACAUAAAACCAAACCUCUUUCCGAUAUGCCGGUCGACCUUUCCCAUGAAUGCGAAAAAAGGGAGAAAACCAAAAACGGGAAGAAAGAAAAAAAUAUACCCUCACGAGCCCAACGAUGCCCACGACCUAUCUCUCUGCUUAAGCUAAAGCGUGAUAUGUCCCCAAACAUGCAAUUCCUUUUUUAUCUUAUGAAGAUAUGACAUGACGAAAUUUUUUUUUUCUGUGCUCUAUUUAAGCGGCCCAACAGCGGCGAAACAACGAAACCACAUGAGUGAUGAUUGAUUGUGAUUUUUCUCAUAUUUUUUGCACAGCGUGAUCGUGACACGGAGAAAGGGGGGGGAUAGGGGAAAAAAAAUCUCUUUUGGUACUAUUUAUUAAUAUAAUACUGGAAUUUUCAUUAUUAUUUUAUCACCGUGGAGCUGUCUGCCUGCUGACGAGGUUUUAAAUUCUUGUUGGUCUUUUUUUCAGCUUAUUCAUCAUUUCUUCAUGAUUCUUUCUGCAAUUAAUUGCAUUCCUCUCUAUCCCGACUUACGUAGCUUUGGGGGCGGGUUUGACGUGUUUAUUAUCAUUUCUGCAAUUUUCUGCUACCUGUCAAAUUUUGCAUAUUUUAUCUGUUGCGUGCGCUUUGAACAUAUAUACCAUACCCAUAGUAGUAGCUACAGCAGUUUCCCCAUGUGACGCAAUGUUGGAUGGCUAAUGAUGAGAUUGCAAUUGAAAUAUCUGUCUCAGUUUACGUUAUGUAAAACUUUUCGGGAUUAUAAAUGGAAGCACGUUUUCCAUGACCGGCCCUUAUGCAAGUUGUGUAUUGUAAAGGGGGGAAAAGAAGAACGAGGAACAUUGUAUCCCACAGUACACCUCACCCAAAAGCUAUUUACAUAUCUAUCCCCUCCAUCCCUCCAACAUCCGCCCAGAAUUUCUCAAAAUCAACCCCUUGGUCCUCAAACAACUGCUGCGUCUCUUUCAUGGUCUUCUGUUGUCUUUCCGGCGUGAACCCGCCAGGUUGGGUACUCUCAUACUGAAUCAACUCCACCCAACGGAAGAACAAGUCCUCCUUCCCCAUCGACGCCAGCUUCUCGUGGAACAUGAUAAUCUUGUCCCGCUGGGUAUUAGAGAGUCUUCCUCCGUCUGGUUGUUUCCCCGGCGCGCCGCCCCGUUUCUCCUCGUCCACCCUCCAUAUCAACCACUGCAAACCAUCAUUUCCUUCCGCCCCGCCCCCAUGAACAAGCACCGCAGUCUUAAAGUCGUCAACCGCCAGCGCCCCCUCCGCAACAAGCUCAUGCGCCUUGACCAUGGCCGCGAAAUCCAGGUCCCAGUCCGCAUCGAUGAGCAAAUAUCCCGUCUUCAGCAGCCGCUGCGGCGUCACGGCGGGAAUAACCCUGGUCUUGAUGGUCUCGUCGUCUUCCCGGAUCCAGGAGAGAGGUUUCAGCUCAUCGCUCCAUGACGCCCUGCUCUUCCGCACGAUGACUUCGCAGCCCUGGAAGCCGAGCUUGCGCCGCCAGUGCGCGGGGCCGAGAACGAAGCGGACGGGCCAGGGGAGGAGGAUGGCGAGGAGGAGGUAAUCGAGGAGGAAUGUCAGGGUUCGGCGGAGGAGGGUUGUGAGGAGAUAGGUCCAGCUUGCGGAUGAGGUGUUGACUCGGGCGGGGCUUUCGUGCCCGAGAAUCAAGGCGAGGAGGUCGAUGUAGGUUGGGUAGCCUGUGUAGACUCUUAAGAGGAUUAGGGCUAGGAUGGCGAUGUUUAGGAAGAGGGGUAGGAGGAAGAUUUGGCGCUUGUGUUUUUGUGGGUGGUUGUCUAGGUGGACGAGGUAGACAUGUUUUGGGGAGAGGGGUGCUAGGAAUUGACUGAGUGACGACGGUGCUUUAGUGAAAGGGGCCGGCGGGGUUGAGGGUUUUGUUGUUUUUGAAUAUGAGGUCGAGGGUUUAGCAGUAUAUGCUCCUUGUCUUUUAUUAUUUGAGGCAGCUUUCGCGGGUUUGGCCAUAUUUUGUUUUCCACUUUUCGUUCCGUCCUUAUAAGUACGGAGUAUUUACGUUAACUCUCCUUCAGCGUUGCUAGUUCCGGGACGGAUUUUUUUCAACCCCUUCUCAGGGGUUACGAUUGGGUUCAAAAUUUAAGUCCUGUGAACGGGUAAAGCGUCAUCCCGAUACCCAGAUGCCGUGGGAUUUAUCCUAGAAAAUUGUAAGUUUGGCGAGCUAGAGCAAGCCUAAGUUGACACUCACAUAGAAGAAUAGAGCAGAGUAAUAUGCGGAUAUAGACAAAGCCCACUGGCAGUUAUUAAUACAUCCCGAAGAUAUAUUUCUACAAUGGAGGCCAAUUGAAAAGACAAUAGAUAAAGAAUGAACAACUAGCUGGCUGCUGUCAAUCAAGUCCGGCUUUCAGCUCUCAAAAAAGCUUCCAAGAUGUUUCUUUCUCGAAACUCAAUGGCGGAGGCCGAGAUCCAGAGCUAGUCCGUUUUGGGACUCCCAUG